CUGACCCGCUGUGGGCGAGUAGGGGUGUGUCUGCGAACGAAGAGAGCGUACGUUUCAGACACCGUGUAGGUUACACAACAUGACUUAACGGAGAAUAAAAUUCUGCAAAAUCAUAAAUUGACACGACUCAAGAGUCUGACACGUGUAUGUUCGCCAGUUCGGAGAGAGAGCCUGGAACCAUGAAAAAAUCGAGCCCGGCAAAGCAGCAACCACCACCAGCUGAAGUCUCGGUGCCAGGGGACGCGGUUACCGUGCAACAACUGAACGAGCUUUUGUCAAACAGCAGCGGAUUUUACAGUUUACCAACACAGCAUUUCAACGAGGUCUUCCCUAGAAUAUACGUUGGUAACGCGUUCGUGGGCCAGAAUCUGAUGCGUCUGCAGAAGCUGGGCGUGACCCACAUCCUGAAUGCGGCGGAAGGCAACUCCUUUAUGCACGUCAACACCAAUGCAGAUUUUUACGCUGGCUCGGGCAUCACCUACCAUGGCAUCCAGGCCAAUGACAAGCCGCAGUUCAACCUCAGUAACUUUUUUGAGGAGGGGGCAGACUUUAUUGAGAAGGCUCUGGCACACAACAAUGGCAAAGGUGCCUCGGAGCUGAGCUGCAGAGAGCUGCGCUCCACCCGUUACAUCACUGAUGGCUCCUGCCGCAGUGCCAAGCCCGUCAAGGAGCUGGUGUGCUCGGGUCAGUGCAUGCCCGCCCACCUCCUACCCAACUCCAUCGUGCGCGGCAAAUGGUGGCGGAGCAGCGCUUCCGACUACCGCUGCAUCCCGGCCCACUCCCGAACCCAGCGGGUGCAGCUGCAGUGCCCCAACGGCAACAGCCGGACUUACAAAAUCCGCGUGGUCACCUCCUGCAAGUGCAAGCGCUAUAGCCGCCACCACAACCAGUCAGAGGCCAAAGAGGCCUCCUCUUUGCCCGAGCCCCGACGCAACAAGAAACGCACCCGGCCUCCUGGGAGUCAGAGCAAGAGCAACACCCCGACGCUGGUCAGCAACUCCUACUGAGGAUUCCUUUCCUUCUUCCGUACAAAUGCAGAGACCAAAGUAGCACGCUCACUCAUACACACGCACAUGUUACACACAACCCAACAUGGCUCCUUCAUUGGAAGAGGGAGAGGAAGAGACAUUUCAACAAAAAGGGAUUUGUUAAGCUGUUUGUUGGACUGGCUUGACAUGUGUUUUUCUCACCAGACAGGCACUAUAGAUUUUGCAGCCUAUUUUCAAACAUAUUUCAGAACCUUUGAUUUGCAUGACCAAAUGAGUCAACAGACUAUGCCUGGUCAGGAAAGUUGGAACACUGCUCGGAUUGGAGUGUAGAUUAUCAUUACACACUCCAGUUCAUAGAUAACGGCCUCUGACUCAGGCACAAGUAGAAUCUACCUUAGCCACAGCAAGAGGUGCACCUAAACUCAAAAUCCACCUGUGAAAACAUCCAGCGGGCAGGCUACACUGCUUGAUAGGCCUAUAGGGUUGAAAGGUGUCUCUAUGCUGUAACUGGUUCUAAUCCAUAUUUUCCAUGGCUGUGUGUACUGUACCGUAGCAGCACCUGGUAGCCCUGGGGCUUCAGGCUCUGGAAGUGGGCUGCUGACAGGCCUGAGAGGCCCUGGCCUUGACCCCAGACCACGCAGUCACAUGACAGCCCGGGCAGCACCUCACUCACCAGGAGUCUCCCAGGGCUCUCGCUCCGUAGCAGCCUUACAGGAGCUGUCAGUUAGGGCCCCUGGCCCAGUGGCCCUAGAGCCCCUGUGAGAGAGGCAGAGGGAGAGUGAGAGAGGGGAAAUGGCUGUGUCAGCAGUCCAAGACCAGGGUCCCUUCGGUCAAACAGGCAACUAGGCAUUCCUGUGACUCAUCUUAAUGACUAAAUGAGCCCAUUCCUGUGUUUAGAAUUUCCGCUAGACAUGGCUGGUUCCUGUUUGCAGGAAUCACACACACACAAAAGGUCCACGUGUGGAGGCGGCUCCAGUAAUUGUGCCUGUUGUUACCCUCUGGCACAACAUUCUCCACUAAACCCACACUGACUGGAACUAUUUUGUUAGCAGCAAAUAACAUUGGCGACCAACUAGUCAUGUCCCUAUUCUAUUCAUUGUGAACCUAGAGUGACUCAUUCUCUGAAUAGCACUGAGAGGAAAGAUAGAUAAAAAACUGAAUCUCAAUCUGAAUUGUUUGAUAUUGGCUGUUGAUAUCCUGCAGGAUGCUGACGGACAGAAAUAGACAGAAAGACAGACAGGAAAAGGUUGUGGAUGCCCAGUCUGCCCAUGCUGACAACCCAUUCCCUUUUUUCAACCCUUUCAGUACUACGGCCUGUAUUUCAUGAAGAAUACUCAUAACGUUUCCACUUAUUGUCCACAUUCCAUUGUUCCAUUCUCUCAUAUCGCUUCCUGAUUUUCAGUUUUCUAAACUGUACUGACAGUGUUUCCUUCUUGUUCAAUUGUGUGUUUGAAAUAGCAACUGGAAAGGAUUUUGUCAUAUAAGUUUGAGUUGUCAUGUAUAGCUUGAUUGUACAUAUUGUUCCUGUCUGGUCUUUUGGCUAAAAGCAGUUGGGGAGGAAAAAAAACCUUGCAGACUCAAAGAAAUGAACUGCAUAUUUAUUUUUAAUUUCCACAUGUAAAUUAUUUAUGCAACUUUUUGUAGUAAAUGAUAGCCAU